AUGUCGAGAGGAAACCAGAGAGACCUUUCUAGAGCCAAAAACUUGAAGAAGCAGGCCGAGGCAUCCAAGGCCCAGAAGAAGAGUGGUGACCCCACCAAGCGCAUGGAGAGCGAUGCCGACAAGAUGAGAAGAAAACAGGCAGAAGGUACG